GUAGGAAAAGGGGGAGCUUGGGGUCUUUGCGCUUUGGAUAUCAUAAGUUUGCUUCGGGCUAGAUGUUGAGAACUCGGACGCCGGCCUGGGUGAGAUGAGGGAUGUUAGCAAGGUUGAUGAACUUCCUGAAGGCCUGCUGGCGGCCGUCGUCAGAUCGGUAUGUGCACACAGGCUCCGAUACGGUUGGCCGGCAGGAUGGGCUUCUGUGGUACAAGGACACUGGGCAGCACAUGAAUGGAGAAUUCUCUAUGGCCGUGGUCCAAGCAAACAGCUUGCUUGAGGACCAGAGCCAGAUGGAGUCGGGCCUGCUGAGCUCGCUCGAGUCCGCCUAUGGGACCUUCAUCGGGAUCUAUGAUGGCCAUGGUGGUCCGGAAACAUCCCGCUAUAUCAAUGAUCAUCUCUUCCACCAUCUUAAGAGAUUUACAUCCGAGCAGCAGUCAAUGUCAGCUGAUGUAAUACGGAAGGCAUAUCAGGCUACUGAAGAGGGCUUUAGUUCUCUGGUCACCAGACAAUGGCCUACGAAACCCCAGAUUGCUGCUGUUGGCUCAUGCUGUCUGGUUGGUGUGAUCUGUGGUGGUAUGUUAUACAUAGCCAAUGUUGGGGACUCCCGUGCUGUUUUAGGGAAACUUGUCAAAGCAACUGGAGAGGUUUUGGCUGUCCAGUUGUCAUCAGAGCAUAAUGCAGGUAUUGAGUCUGUGCGACAAGAGUUGCAGUCAUUGCACCCAGAUGAUUCACAAAUAGUUGUUUUGAAGCAUAAUGUUUGGCGUGUGAAGGGCCUCAUUCAGGUCACAAGGUCAAUCGGUGAUGUAUACCUAAAAAAGGCAGAGUUUAACCGGGAGCCAUUAUAUGUAAAAUUUCGCCUUCGUGAACCUUUCAAAAAGCCAAUACUUAGUUCAGAACCAUCAAUUUCUGUGCAACCAUUACAACCACAUGAUCAGUUUCUCAUAUUUGCAUCUGAUGGACUCUGGGAGCAGCUUAGCAACCAAGCAGCAGUUGAUAUUGUUCAUAACAAUCCUCACAGUGGUAGUGCUCGGAGGCUUGUGAAAGCUGCACUUCAUGAAGCAGCAAGGAAAAGAGAGAUGAGGUACUCUGAUCUCAAGAAGAUUGAUCGUGGGAUCCGUCGGCAUUUCCACGACGAUAUAACUGUCAUUGUUGUGUUCCUUGACUCAAAUCUUGUAAGCAAAGCCAGCUCGCACAAGGGCCCUUCACUUUCUGUAAGAGGAGGUGGGAUCAAUCUGCCAGCAAAAUCUCUUGCACCUUGUGCGACACCCACAGAACUUGGUGCUACCUGAUUAAGCCAGCUCAGCUCAUCUUUCCCUAUUCUGUACUAAAUUACACAGCCAGAAUGACUCCCAUGAUCAUGCCCCCAAUGAUGUAAAAGUAGGGAGACAGAGCAGCUUUGUAUCUGUCAUCUGUUAUACUGUGACACUAAUAUGCAUUCCUUCUGUUGUGCUUCAUAUGAACUCGAUGAGGUCCUAUCUUGAAGUCCAAGUAGCAGGGAAAGCAGAUUCUAGGCUAAGUGUUUACUAGGACUCUUCAAUUAAAAUCUCAUUUGUUUUAUUUUCUUCUUUCUUUUGGUAUGUAAAUUCCAAGAACACGAACCCAUCCUUGCAGUUCUAUUUCUUUGUUCAUAAUUAACUGUUUCCUUUACCAGUAA